AUGUCUCUCAACGGCUCUUCCCAUCGUCCCAAAGACCCUGUCGCCGAAGCUGUUCAUCAAGGCCGAUUGCCUACCCUCAGAGAAGUUAAGAAGAGUGUAAAGACUAUGAUGAAGACCCUUAUUCAAGCUAUCACUCACAUGGAUGAGUUGCCUCGGCGGCGUUUUGCUACCUUCAAAUUGUUCUACACCGAUGCAACUCCGGAUGACUAUGAGCCGCCCAACUUUAACACAGGCGACUUCGAAAAAGACAGAUGGUACUUCAUGACACACAACCUCGACGAAGUCCCGGACAAGUUUAGUGUAGGAAAGGUCGACUGUGGCUUUCACUCAGUCAAUCUCAAAGUCGCCUCCGUCGCCAGCUUCCUUCCCUCCUCCACCGACAACGACGACGCUCUUUUCACCGGCACUGUUACGAAGGCCUUGUUGCCAACGAAACUUAACACAGAAGAAGACACUGCCGCAUUCCAAAAGCAAGCCGAAGACCAAGAAGAGGACGCGAAAACAAGGAACCUUGCUUGGUCGGCAGAAGAGGAUCUCGAUGAUGUAGAUGCUGAAGGCGAAGAUGACCCCGACUAUAUUCAACGCCCAGAUGGCACUUACGAGCUGGUUUCCGGCAAAGGUCUCCAGGAAUCGGUACCUCUUGGUCGGAGGAAGGAGAACGGAGAUAUCGAAAAGACGAUUGUACCGGAUACUGGCAGCAUCGAAGCUUGUUUUCAAGGAUUCCAGGAAUCGGUACCUCUUGGUCGGAGGAAGGAGAACGGAGAUAUCGAAAAGACGAUUGUACCGGAUACUGGCAGCAUCGAAGCUUGUUUUCAAGGAUUCCAGGAGUCGGUGCCAACUCGGUUGCAGGACCUUAAUUCUAAGCCUUCCCCGGAAAUCGGUCUUUUCGAUGAAACGCAGGCACUGUUCCAGACGGAACCGUAUGGCACGACGGCUGAUGGGCCCCCGUUGCGACUUGAAACCCCUGCAGAUCAUAUAUCUGGCGACGAAAAAGCGUCCCUGCCACCUUCCAACAUGGCGAUGGAGCUGGAUUCCCCUUUGAGCAGUGCACUAACGACCCCUUCCCCGAGCCUGCCGCGAAGGUCGAACGGGAGAAGCCCGAGACUUGCGAACGAGGACGAGGAAAUGUUAGAUCCCGAGACGCAGGUCGGCGAUCCUAACUCACGCAUCGUCGAUGCGAUUCAAUCAUUCAGCCCGAGUGACAAGGCAGCAAUGGACUCGAAAUUGGACGCCAUCUUGGAGCCUCCUGUGACGCCCAAAACACCCCAACCUGUGGAGGAUAUCGGUCUGGACUGUAGUUGCGGUAUCACGAACCCCGACAUAGAUCGAGGAUCCCAUGUGCUUUUAUACCAUUCCGCUCGCGACCCUCGACUUCCCAACAAGUUUACUUGCUUCGACUGCCGCCUCAGGGCCGACCCCUCUUUCAAAUACAUUAUCGAAGACACCGUUUACCCUUCGAUCAUGGAGAAAUACAGGGAAAUUGUGACCUUCAGUCCUUCGCUCAUUAAAGACCUCAGGCGGGCCGUCAAGGUCUUUGAAGAGUCUGGGAGUAUGACCCAGUCAGAGUUUGCCAAGUCAAUGGAUGGGGACAUCAAUAGUGCGCGAUGGUACAUUCAGAGGCUACAGGAAGAGGAGUUCAUUCACCAGGUUGCGACUACUAUCGAUGCAUUUGGCGUUGUUACCGAGACGCGUUUGAAUAAGAACCGGAAAGCAAAGGAUCGCAAGGCGAAGCAGCGAAAGAAGCUCCAGAGGACUCGAUAUGUUUUCAACCAUGGGGUCAAGCGAGAGCAAAAGUACAAGGACUACUUCAAUCCCGACCAAGAGGUCGAAAGUCGAAUGGUUGGAUUGGACGACUUGAGGAACUUCACUAGCACGACUGCCCAUGUAUCGGCUGCCGCCCUUGCUGGUAACAUCAGAUCCGGACCAUCAACUGCCGCCAACCCUGCGUAUGAUACGCAGACGAUGGAGUUUUCCCAAGAACUUGGUUUCUCGGACAGUCAGAAGCGAGGGGCUGCCGACGGUGCGCAGAAUGGAGCUGUCGACCGUCCAUUGAAAAAGCUCAAGAUUUCUGUUGCUACUGGAAUCGACCUCGCUGAAUGA